CAGAAACUACUAGAAAUAAAAGCUACGACGCUGUUCACGCUUUAGUCUCUAUAAACUCACACCUCUUCUCUUCUAGGGUUUUGAAACAUUUUUACUUUUAACACAAAUUUAAAACAACAACAAAAAAUGAGUCGUCAUCCUGAAGUGAAGUGGGCUCAGAGGCUGGACAAAGUUUUUCUUACAGUGCAGUUGCCUGAUGCAAAGAAUGCUAAGGUGAAUCUUGAGCCAGAGGGUGUGUUUACAUUCUCCGCCAGUGCUGGCACUGAUAACAGCACUUAUGAUAUAAAGUUGGAGCUUCAUGAUAAGGUUAAUGUAGAGGAAAGCAAAAUUAAUUAUGGGGUUAGGAGCAUAUUCUGCAUCUUGGAGAAGGCAGAGGAAGGAUGGUGGAAGAAGCUAUUGCGUGGAGAUGGCAAGCCUCCACAUUAUGUUAAAGUAGAUUGGGACAAAUGGGUUGAUGAAGAUGAAGAUGAAGGUCCUGGCGCUGGUGGUGCUGGUGGCAUGGAUAUGGGAGGAAUGGAUUUCUCAAAUUUUAACAUGGGAGACAUGGGAGGCAUGGGAGGCAUGGGUGGAAUGGGAGGAAUGGGAGGCAUGGGUGGAAUGGGAGGCAUGGGAGGAAUGGGAGGUUUGGGAGGCAUGGCAGGUUUGGAGGGCUUGGGAGGCAUGGGUGGCAUGGGAGGCUUGGGUGGUGAUGAUGGUAUGGGUGAAUUUGAUGACAGUGAUGAUGAAGGUCAAGAAGUGGCGAAGCCAGAGAGCACAGAGGGAGCUGCAAAGCUGGAAGAACCCAGCACUGAUACAGAAGCGAAAAAGGAAGCUGCACCAAGCACAUGAUGGUGUUAGCCGAAGAGUUAGUUUUCGAUAUUUAUAACAAAAGUAGGUGAGUGUCUUUUUCUUAGCCGAGUGGAGUUAGUACUUGCCUGUAACCUUUCAUGCUGGCAAUUGUUUAGUUUCUGAACUAUAUAGACAGCUAAAGAUCCUCCUUAACUUGGAUUAUAUGUUGUACUCUUUCUCGCUGGAUGAUAUAUUUGAACUAGAUGCCAAUGUCAUUGUUUUUCACUCUCAAAUCUUACUGGUGAGAGUGCUACAAA